ACGAGAGUGAGAGCAUCAUUUUCCAUGUUGAUAAUAGCAGGUGCUAUGCUGCAGACAUCUUACUUCUCUCUCUUGGAACGGGAAAACUCUGUAGACAUUUGCAGGUAUUACACAACAAACAAACUUACCCAGAAGAGCGAUGUUUAUAGCUUCGGAGUCGUCCUCUUAGAGCUCAUCACAGGGCAGAAUGCUAUACUCACUCAAGGAUCACGGCGAGUUCAUUGUCUUCAACUUGUAAUGCCCAAAAUCAUGGGAGGAGAUGUUGCCAGCAUAGUGGACCGCCGUUUGCAGGGCCAAUAUGAGAUUAACUCCGUAUGGAAAAUCGCAGAGACAGCAAUUGCAUGCACUGCAGAGAAAGGAAUUACAAGGCCUACCAUGACUGAAGUUAUGAGGGAACUGAAGGAGGCCUUAGAUGUCGAGAAUCACCAACUAGAAAGCAAAAGGCAAUCGAUGGAAUCGGCGUCCAGAUUACCAUCAACUGGUCCAGCUUUGUUAGAAAUGGAUUCUUUUUCGCAUCCUUCAGCAAGGUAAUCAAGAAAAUAGAUUCGGGGGCCACAGCAUAUUCCUUUAAUUCCCACUCAGGAAGAAUUGUUUCUGUAGCAUCAACUUGAUCCAUCAACGGUGAUGGACGUAAUAUUACUGUUUCGAUGCGUAUGAGAAGCCAUUUGGUGAAAGAAUUUAGUAUUGUUGUCACCACCCAUUAACCACUUCACUCACGAGUUCCUGUUCAUUUCCUCGUUAGCCUUUCGGUCAUUCAAACGCAAGAUGGAGAGAGAGAGAGAGAGAAUCUCGUACAGAUCUUAAUAAAAAGGUGGGGUGCUAAAUUUCAGGCAGCUGAAGAAGUGAUAUGGGCGACUCAAGUGUUCGACGAAAUUCACAGCGGGUUCCGGUGCAACGCUGCUGGUGAUGGGCCUCCUUCGGAUUCCCUCUUAUUCCAAACGAAUCAAAGAAUCACAUAUGUACAUCAGACGAUCAGGACUACAAACCUACAACUCGGCCUUAGACAAAAGACCUGUGGAUACAACACAGAAAGAAUUGCAGAAAUGCAAACUUACAGAAUCAUAGAAGCAAAUCCCAAACAACACAGACCAUCUACUUCCAACCUACACAAUGCCCGACACCUUAGACAUGAAUGAAUUUCUAGGAUGGUCACGGGGGGCUGAAACAACAAUUAAUGCGAGAGACGGAGGAACCGGGUUGGAAGGAGGGGAAGGGAUGGAGUGGUAUGCUCUGUGCAGGAGAGAAUUGUAAUGGCAAAUUUUUUUGUUCAUCCAGUAACCAUGCUUGGACAAAAAUUUCAUUUUUGUAUCAGGCGAAAGAAGCUAAUUUAGAUAUGUCCG